UUCAUAAUGUCGGUUAGAGGUUUCUAGUAUUAUGUUUUGUUUUCAUGAAUUAAGGAAAUUUUAGCUGUAAUACAAAAAUUGGUUUGAUGCUAUAAAGUAACAAACAAUUUAUAUAAUUCGUUAAGCUUUUAAUAAUUGUUGUUAUAGUUAAAUAGUAUAAUAUUAUUCUCAAAAGAAUACAAUUGACACUCAUCUGAAGUUAGUAUUGAUAAUUUGCAGUAAAUGUUCAAUAUUUGUUGAAAUACAAUCUCGUUACGUUAGAUUCUGCACUUAGUCACAAAGGAUACUAUUUUCAAUUUGAGAGGCUUAAAUCAUGGAAAACGAAGAUGAAUAUUUAUACAAAAUUAUUUUGGAUGCUGGAAUUGACGUUAGUUUACAUAUGAUUCACAAUCCAACAGAAUCUUUUAUGAUAAACAUAGCGACAGAAUAUUUCAAAAGAUUCCAAUUUGACGGUGAUGAAAUCGCAAAGCCAACUCCUGAACAACUCAAUCGCGUUUCAUGCGAAGAAUCGGCUCUCAAUGCCAUCGAAGCUAUUAAUUUACAUGCGGCUUUGACGAAAAUUUGCGAUGAAAUUUUUUUGAAAGAUUUUACUCUUACAGAUAUUACAAAUCCAGGAUAUAAGAGAACAAUAAAGAAGAUCAAAGUACUGUUCAACUUCUACUUGUACGUAAAGAGUAAAAAAAUUGAAAAAGAACAUCUUUUUGAUGAACUUGAAAACAGAUACAAAGAGAUUCAAAACUUUAUUGCCAGAAAAGAAGAGUUUAUAGCUAAAACUGGAUCGAUUAUUCAUGAUCGAGAAAUGAAAUUUGAGUACAAGGAAAAAUUAAAGAAGGAAAUAGAACAACUGAAGAAUUUAAUGGAAAAAGAUCAAAAAAAAAGCGAGGCAUUGCAACAAAAUAUUAAUCAAAUCAAAUCUGAACAUCGGCAAAGCUUAAAGAAAGUAAACGAUUCAAAAGCAAAACUUCACGAGAUGCAUAAAAUAACUAAAGACUUACAAAAUAAAAUCGUUGCAUCACCCGAAGAGUAUAUCGAUCGGAAAAGAGAGCUUGAAAAUGUGAUGAAGGAAAAAAUGGAAGAGAGACAAAUUUUACACGAUUGUAUCAAUGGCAAAAAAGCCCAAAUAGAAAAAAAUGGAUUAUCGGAGUGUAUGAUACAAGAGUGUCACGAAAAAGCGAAAGACACUAUGGAUAUUGUAAAAAAAUUAAAAGAAACAACAGCAAAAUUAAUCACUACUAAAAGGCUGUUAAGCGAAUUGAAUGAAGAAAUUGUCAUGCUUGAGAGUAGAUCAAGUAACACGAGAAUCAGUAUCUUGCCUGAAGAUUUGGAUUUGGAGGAAAAUCAGCGACUUCUUUCUCUAUUACACAAUCAGCAAGUGGAAAAGCAAAGAGAUCUUGAUACGCUAAAAAAGAAAUUGGAAGAUUCUUACAAUGAACAGAGCAAGCUUAAAGGUCAACUGCAGAAAGAGAAACAAAUAACUAUCGUUGCUGAACGCGAGUAUGUUAAACUUAUGCAAGAAUAUAAGAUUCAUUUUGAAAAUGAACUAACCGAGGAAUACGCCUUUAGAAAAGAUUUGAAUAAAUUCGUAAAGAACUAAAAGUAAAACUUCAGUUUAUAAAAUCUUUUAUUCCAAUAUUCCUCAUUGUUGUUAUUUUCUCUACAUGAAAUAAUAUUUUUAAUUAAGUAAUUUUAUAGUAAAAUAAUUAAAAAAAAAAUUACA